AUGUUCAACUCUGGUGUUGUGUUUUGUAUUAUUGUUGCGGUGUUCUUAAAGAAUGCUUCGGCAAUAACUGAUGAGCUGAAAGCUCACAUAGAAGCAAAGUUCUUGACAGUUGGUGCAGAAUGUAUUAAAGAACAUCCCCUAACAAUUGAGGAUCUGUCUGCCUUUAAGAACAGAGUUUUCCCUGAUGGCGAAAAUGCUGGAUGCUUCUCAGCUUGUAUCUUCAACAAACUUGGAUUGUUUGACGAUAAAGGUACUUUGUCCCACCUGACAGCGCUAGAAAACGCCAAGAAAGUAUUUGAAGAUCAAGGAGAGUUGGAAAGUAUUGAGAAAUUCCUCACCACUUGUGCUAAAGUAAACGACGAAGAAGUAUCUGAUGGAGAGAAAGGCUGCGAGAGAGCAAAAUUGGCAUACAACUGCUUCAUCCAAAACUAUGAACAACUCGGAUUCGACCUUGAGUUUUAA